AUGGAGGAGAAGAGGCGCUUUUACAAUACCAGUAGCAGUAAAGCCCUAAAGCUAGACUUAAUAUUUAUAUUCUGCUUCAACAUUAUCUCUGUGCAAUGCUUAGAAAAGAUGAGCUAUAAUAACUCCAGCGACAGCGACCCUCCAUCACAAUCUGAGCCACCCGAAUUCAAGAAUAGGUUUCGGAGAAUUUCUCUCAGCAUACUGCUUGGAAUCAUAACAGGAUUGAUUUUUGCCUUACUCGUUGCUCUUCUAAUAAGGUACUUUAUCAGAUACAUUAACAGGAGCCCAAUCCUUAAAGGCCCUGUUGUGUUUUCUCCCAAAAUUCCUCCCAAGACUCUACAAUCAGCUCUUGCAAAUGAUCCCCAGUUGCUCGGCUCAAGUCCUAAUGGGAAGUACUACAAGGCUGUACUGGACAAUGGCCUAAUUGUUGCGGUCAAGCAGCUCGAGCCCUUUGAGAAUGUUUCUGUUGAAGCUCAGAGCAAGUCAGUCAAGAGAAGGAUACAGCAGGAGCUCGAAAUUCUUGCUAGCUUAAGGCAUAGGAAUUUGAUGAGUUUGAGGGCUUAUAUUCGUGAAUCUGAUAGAUCAGCUUCAGGCUACUGUGCUCCAGAGUACAUUCAGAACAACAGGUAUACAGAUAAGAGUGACGUGUUUAGCUUUGGGGUAAUCUUGGGUGUUCUAUUAACUGGUAAAGACCCAUUAGAUCAUUUUUUUGGGGAAGCAAGUAGUGGAGGAAGUUUGGGACUAUGGCUUGGUCAUCUGCAGCAAGCAGGGGAGGCUUCUGAAGCGCUAGAUAAAAGUAUCCUCGGGGAAGAAAUUGAAGAAGAUGAGAUGUUAAUGGCUAUUAAAAUUGCUGUUGUAUGCUUCUCUGACUCGCCUGCUGAUCGCCCUUCGAGUGACGAACUUGUGUCUAUGCUCACUCAACUGAACAGUUUCUGA